GCCGAGUCCUCCGCUUUCCCAGCAGCCAGUGCAGCCCCCCUGACUCGGUGACAAAGGACCGGGAGCCCUGUCAGUUGUCGCCUUUGCCGCUGCCGUCGCUCAAGGAGGGGGAGGGACCGAGCCCAAGGAGCCGCUACUGUCCGAGGAUUGCAAAAAUGCUUUGGAGCUUUUAACUGAAUCAAAGAGAGAAAUCCAGACUAGAUCAGAGACCGCAAGAAGAGAAGUAGAGGCAAGAGGGACUCAGUGCCAAUGCAGCAACAAAGAAGUCAACCAGAAUUAGUGGAAGGAAAUCUUCCUGUUUUUGUAUUUCCUACUGAGCUGAUAUUUUAUGCAGAUGACCAGUCAACACACAAACAGGUGUUGACACUGUAUAACCCCUAUGAAUUUGCCCUAAAGUUCAAAGUUUUAUGCACUACUCCCAAUAAGUAUGUUGUCGUUGAUGCUGCGGGAGCAGUGAAGCCUCUAUGCUGUGUGGAUAUCGUAAUUCGUCACAGAGAUGUUCGAUCCUGCCACUAUGAUGUAAUAGACAAAUUCCGUCUCCAAGUUUCUGAGCAAAGCCAGCGAAAAGCUUUAGGACGGAAAGAGAUUAUUGCUACCCUCCUUCCAUCUGCCAAAGAACAACGAAAGGAAGUGGAGGAAAAGAGAAUAAAGGAACAUUUGACAGAGAGUGUCUUUUUAAAAGAGCACAUGCUCUAUCAAACAGAAAACAGGAAUGUCUCAUCAGGACCUAGUUUAUUAACUGUUUUCCUGGGAAUAGUGUGCAUUGCAGCUCUGAUGCUACCCACCUUGGGAGAAGUGGAAUCUCUAGUGCCUCUCUACUUCCAUUUAAGUGUGAAUCAGAAAUUAGUAGCUGCUUAUGUUUUAGGCCUUAUCACAAUGGUUAUACUUAGAAUAUGAGCAAGGAUGAAAAAUGGCUUUGGAACAACUUGACCUCCCCUCAUUGUGACUGUGGACUGCCUUUCAUUUUCAUCUGACUCAUAAUGUGUGACAGAAAAACUAUCGGUGAUUCAACAUACUUGCAAAAGUGUAAAAAAACUAUACAUAUACAUGCAUACAUACAUACAUACAUACAUAUAUAUAUCUGUAUAAAUUGAUGUCUAACUUGUUUUAUUUAUUUAUUUUUUAUUUUUUUAAGCCCUUACUUUCUGUCUUAGAAUCAGUACUGUGUAUUAGUUCCUAGGCAGAAGAACAGUAAGGGCUGGGCAACAGAGGUUGAGUGACUAGGUUAGGGUCACCCAGCUGGGAAGUGCCUGAGGCCAUAUCUGAACCCAGGACCUUCCUCCUCUAGGCCUGGCUGAGCCACCCAGCUGGCCCCUAACCCGUUUUAGAAGGAAACCACACAUGUUACCGAGACCUAUGAUGGUUUUGUUGAAUGACUGUAGUGAGAUGUUUUGAAGAAACUGGCUUUUUCUAUCAAUACCUUGUUAUACAGAAGACUUUUAGUAAAGCCAUCUUGGUUAUUUGGUUCUCUUUCUCUAAUCCACUCGGAUUGUUAUGGCCCUGUUUGCCCUCAGGGCUAGAGGCCUACCAGGCUAAGCUGAUGGUUGUGGAAACAGCACUUGUUCAUACCUCUGCCCUCUUAGCAUUUCUCAAGGUGGAGCUGAAGUUAAGAUGAUGUGUAAAAUAUAAGAGUCCCGGGCAAUCCCAGAUGCCCUAGGGACUUAUUGACUACCCAAACCAUGGGUUUCUCCCAGUGAGCUGGCUGUAGCUAACCCCCUGGAUGGCACACUUGAAAGCCACCAAGGCUGAAAAAGCAGUCAGCCAUCAUGGGCUGUCACAGAGGUUUCUCUCUUUGGCCUAAUGGGUACAAUAAUUGGAGGCCAGGUAUGAGCUCAGCCUCUAGACCCACUGGCUUCUCUCUCUGUCUCUGUCCCUCUCCAAUGCUUUGUGUUCAUAAGCAGAAUAUUGAAUUGUUUUGCUAGCCCCUUGUCCUGAAGUGGCAAACCUGAAGGCUUAGCAGAGGCUCUGCUGCUUGUUUUGGUUUGGGGAUUCAUUACUUGCCCUCAGCACAGACGUGGGAACUGUUCCAUUUUGGUCAGGUAUUUCUUUCACCAGCCGAGGCUGGAUUUGAAGCACACACGCACGUACAUUUGGUGGCGGUCUUCUAUUCUUGAAAAAGCUGUCUUUUUACAGACCAUGAGCAUGCCUUGCCACAGUAAUAUGUUCAUUGACUGUGUGGGCAUAAACUUAAAUACAUACCUGAUGGUGAUUUUUGUAAGAAAUGGAACUUGACUUCUAAAAAGCUUUUGUGUAUAAUCUUUCAUAGGCCCACUUGGGGGUCCAGUUUCUAGGAUAUAUUGUUUGUGUCCACAGCACCGAUUGUGUCAUGUCCAGGGGGGAAAAAAAGCACAUGAAUGUAAUGGUGUUGUGGCUGAAGGGCUUGCCCUUUAGUCAGGGAGAUCAGAAUUCGAAUGUAGCCUCUUCCACAUCCUAGCUGUGUGUCCCUGGGCAAGUCACUUAACCUCUCUGAGCCUCAAUUUCCUCAUCUGUAAAGUGGGGAUAAUAAUCACACCUACCUCACAGGGUUGUUGUGAGGAUCAAAUGCGAAAAUGGAUGUAAAGCAUUCGCAAAGCGCUCUGUAACUGUCAGUUAUGAUUUUCUGCUCUGACCUUUGUAUUGAAUCUGAAAAUGAUUCUUGAUUUCUCUGCCCAUCUCAAGUCAUCACUCAAAUGUGGGUGAAAAGGCAUAUGGAGGAGAGAAAUGAUUUAAAGACGAAAAUAAACCAUAUCGGAGUUUUACAAUUAAAAAAAA